CUAAAGUAAUUUAGUAAACACUAAACAAUUGCAAAAAUUUUUUUGCUAACUUUAAUAUGUCCAUAAAAUUAUAUUGUGACUUGAUGUCACAACCCUCACGUACCUUGUACAUAUUAUUGAAAACUAUCAAAUGUGAUUUUGAAACAAAACUCGUUGACUUGAGAAAGGGUCAACAUUUCUCUGAUGAGUUCACAAAAAUAAACAAAAUACAGAGAGUUCCUGUAAUUGAACACAAUGGAUUUAUUUUAAGUGAAAGCGUUGCCAUAGUAAACUAUUUAUCCCGGGAGGGGAUUAUUCCUGACAACUUGUACCCACAAGACUCUAAGAAGAGAGCGAGGGUGGAGGAGUUUCUGGAAUGGCACCACAUCGGGUUGAGACUUCCUUGUUCCAUGUACUUUAGGGUCAAGCAACUUGAUCCGAUUAUUACGGGAAAACAACCAGAGGCUAAAACGGUAGCUGGCUACGAGAAUCGGAUGCUCCAAUCACUGGACACUUUUAGCACAAAAUGGCUGAAUCAAGGGCACAACUUCUUAUGUGGCAACACUGUCACUGUUGCCGACUUGUUUGCUGCUUGUGAAUUAGAGCAACCCAGAAUGGCAGGCUAUGAUCCUAAAGAGCAUUUUCCGGCAAUAGCUACUUGGGCUAAGAAAGUACAGCAACAUUUCAACCCAUAUUACGACGAAGGCCAUGUUAUAGUAAACAAGGUGAUAAAUAAACAGAAGAAGAUGUCUUCAAAAAUAUAAUGUAGAAAUGAUGAGAAAAGAUAUUAUUAUACAUAGGUGAUUUUAUAAGGUUUUGGGGUAGUAAUGUAUGAUGUAGUGUUAAGUAAUGAUUCCAUUUUUAUCAGAUACAAGUUUUAUGACAUGCGCUCAUUAAUAAAUUCACAGUAUCGGUGGUACUCAUGUCAGAGUGCAUUUGCAAUUUACUAGAUUAUCUACUUACAAU